UUAUCUCAUAAGCCAUUUAACAGGUGGUCCUUUUCAUUUUGACAGGGAGCAAAGAAAUGGUUCGAGUGAUGCGGAAGAAGGGCAUUGAGCAUCAUCCCAAUUUCCGUGCAGUUAAACAUGUCCCAUUUGACCAGUUCAUACAGUUGGUCGCCCAUGCUGGUUGUAUGAUUGGGAACAGCAGCUGUGGAGUACGAGAGGUUGGAGCUUUUGGAACACCUGUGAUCAAUCUAGGAACACGUCAGAUUGGAAGAGAAACAGGGGAGAAUGUCCUUCAUGUCCGGGAUGCUGAUACCCAAGACAAAAUACUGCAAGCAUUGCACCUUCAGUUUGGUAAACAGUACCCUUGUUCAAAGAUCUAUGGGGAUGGAAAUGCUGUUCCAAGGAUUUUGAAGUUUCUUAAAUCUAUUGAUCUUCAAGAGCCAUUACAAAAGAAAUUCUGCUUUCCUCCUGUGAAGGAGAAUAUCUCUCAAGAUAUUGACCAUAUUCUUGAAACUCUAAGUGCCUUGGCUGUUGAUCUCGGCGGGACAAACCUCCGAGUUGCAAUAGUCAGCAUGAAGGGUGAAAUUGUUAAGAAGUAUACUCAGUUCAAUCCUAAAACCUAUGAAGAGAGGAUUAAUUUAAUCCUACAGAUGUGUGUAGAAGCUGCAGCAGAAGCUGUAAAACUGAACUGCAGAAUUUUGGGAGUAGGUAUUUCUACGGGUGGCCGUGUAAAUCCUCGGGAAGGAAUUGUGCUGCACUCAACCAAACUGAUUCAAGAAUGGAACUCCGUGGACCUCAGGACCCCCCUCUCUGACACCCUGCAUCUCCCCGUGUGGGUGGACAAUGAUGGCAAUUGUGCUGCCCUGGCGGAAAGGAAAUUUGGCCAAGGAAAGGGCCUGGAAAACUUUGUGACACUUACCACAGGCACAGGAAUUGGCGGGGGGAUCAUCCAUCAGCACGAGCUGAUCCACGGAAGCUCCUUCUGUGCUGCAGAACUUGGCCAUCUUGUUGUGUCUCUGGAUGGGCCUGAUUGUUCCUGUGGAAGUCACGGAUGUAUUGAAGCAUACGCCUCUGGAAUGGCCUUGCAGAGGGAAGCAAAAAAGCUACAUGAUGAGGAUCUGCUCUUGGUGGAAGGGAUGUCAGUGCUGAAAGACGAGGCCGUGAGCGCGGUCCAUCUCAUCCAAGCUGCGAAACUUGGCAACACGAAGGCCCAGAGCAUCUUGAGAACAGCUGGAACGGCUUUGGGUCUUGGGGUUGUGAACAUCCUCCACACCAUAAAUCCUUCCCUCGUGAUCCUCUCUGGAGUCCUAGCCAGUCACUACAUCCACAUCGUCAAAGACGUCAUCCGCCAGCAAGCCUUGUCCUCGGUUCAGGAUGUGGACGUGGUGGUUUCGGAUUUGGUGGAUCCUGCCCUGCUCGGCGCCGCAAGCAUGGUUCUGGACUACACAACUCGCAGGAUCUGCUAGGCCUCUGGGGAGCGGACCUGGACCGAGACUCAGAGCUUCUUUGUGGAAUCAGGUUGUCUUUUAGACGAGCGUUUCUUAAAAAGCAGUUUUGGUAUUUAAAUUUGGUAUUUGGCAGGUGACUUCGGCAGUUAAAUUUUUGCUUUUAGUCUCCUCUUCCGAAGUCACCUUUCCCAACCCUCACUUUUGUAGAUGCUGCUCUUUCUGGGGUCAUUUCAGCUCAAACCCUGUAAGUACCAGUCACAAUCUUCUGUGCCAAAGGAGCUGUGAUCGUAGACAAGGAUGCCUCAGGGCUCUGCUUACUAGAUGGACCACGUAGACCUGCAGGCCUUGUCUGAGGCGGGGCCUCGAGACUGGAGUGUAAAUCACUCAUCCUUCCUCCUCUCACCCUAAACUCAGAUUGCAGAAAGGGAUCCGGUCAGGAGACAGAAGGAAAUCUCACUGUGAAAGGCUUAAGUAAACUUUUUUUAAAAACAGCUUUACUGGGGUAUUUUUAAAAAGUGUACAAUUUGAUAAGCUUUGACAUGUAUACAUCUGUGAGACCAUCACCGCAGUCAAGACAUUGGACACCUCUGUCACCCCCAAAUGUUGUUUGCGUAACAAUGUUAUUUAUUACUCUUGCAGAAUCUUGAGCAACUUUAGGGAUUUGAAUGACAGUGGCCCUGCUGACCUUGUCCUUAUCUUCUUAAGGACAGCUGAGAAGCCACUAGGACUUACAGCCUCUGAAAGGAGAUUAACCAUCCCCAAAGGAUCCUUGCUGCUGACAGACACCUCUCCCUUCAGUAACUUUUCAUGCUGAUGUUGAGUAGGACUCUGGAGUAUCUGUUAAGGCAGUGUUUGCGGAGCCCGGAUCUGUGACUCUGGAUUCGGGCUCAAUAAGAUUCUGUGCUUUCAUUGGUGUCAAGAUACAAAGGCCAAGAUUCUUGCUAUCAAUUUUAACCUAGAAGAAAUGCUAAUACCCAUUUAUUAAGUACCUACUGUAUGCCAGGCUCUGAACUAGGUGCUUCAUAUAAAUUAUUCUAAAUUCACACAACCUGGGAGGUAAGUGUCCUCAUUUCCAUUUUAUACGACCCCAAACUAAGUCUUGGUGUGCUGAAGUGAUGGACCUAAAGCCAUGUGGCUAGUGAGUCUCAGAAACAGAGUUUGAUCCCAGGUCCCUCUGUGCUUUUCUGCUACGCCAUACAACCUCUCAGAUAAAAAAACUUGCAAAAUGUGAAUAUAUCCUAAUUUACUUCAUGCUACCAACAACUUUAAUAAGACUGACUCACUUUGUCUUUGAUGCUGUCCCUCAAUGAUAAAUUUAAUCAAAUAUUCCUCUAUUCUGUGGACAUUCUGCCAAUACAGUAUUUGGUCUAGUGACAGGUUUUUAUGGGUACUUUUAGAUGAUCUAAACAAGCAUAUGCAUGUUUUUCAGAUUUUUAUUUUAGGAAAACCUGAAGGUUUGCAUUGUUUCGGUGUUAGCAUACAAAAUAAAGUGAAAGAAUCAAUAUUGCAUUUGAACCACUUCCUUCCUGGUGGGUUCAUGUGAAAAGAUAGGUUGGCUGAUUCCUAGAAUUCCACCAGCCCUGAAAUAACCUCCAGGUCCUGGUUAUUGUUGAAAAAUUCCACAGUGAUUCCUAGGAAGGAAGCUGGUCUGCUUGGCCAUCAACGUCCGGGGGGAGGCGGCAUCGGUUCCUUGGCGACAUCUGUCACUGCUCUGGACGCCAGAGAGUUGCAUUGCUACCAAGUUUCAUACCAAAUAUUUGGAAGGAUGGUACUAAAUCUAAAACCAAAUCUUAGUUUUUAUUAAAUUCAUGGAAAGGCUAAUAUAUUCCAACAAUAAUUAUUACAUAUAGUUAAAUAAUCACAUAUUUAUUUUAAUGUAAAUAUUUUUAUGUUACUGUUCUGAGCCAAAUUCUAAAGAAAAAA